AUGGAGGGUAAUUCAGCUACGGAGGACAUUGAGAUGUCGACCGACGCUCAGGAAGAUCAAAACUCACAGGGCGUUAUGGACUUUUUUGGUUCCAAAUACCGCCAACCAACAAACGAGGAGUCUCACAAAGAUUGUUUGCACGGCGCCUCCCUCCGCGGAGGUGAAAACGCAGUUGGUUUAGCAGCCCACCAUGGCAGUCUCGAGGUUUUCAAAUAUCUCGUCUUCCAGCCAGGCGCAAGCAUCGAUAUCUCAGUAACUAAAGGAUACCAACAUCCUCUUAGACUCGCCGCAAAAUCAAAAUUGAGAAACAAUGAGCUCAAUAAGCGUGUUAUUGACAUCAUGACAAUCAUCCUCGCCAACAAGCCCAUUCGCGAGUAUGUCAAUUCAGUUGACCGACAGGGUCGGACUGCGCUCACUAUCGCCAUCGAUCAUGGAUUUGUGGAAGCUGUGCCUCCUCUGCUCAGGGUAGGGGCUGAUCCUCUUUAUGAAGACAGCUAUACCUAUAGCAACUUUGGCAAUCCGCUCUUUUUUGCGAAAUACAAAUACAAGGCGAGUUGCUCGGAUUAG